UCAUUUGCUGGAUAAGACGGACAGUUGUGUACCGUAUGAUCUCACUUAAUCGUUUUAAUAAAUCAAAUCUUACACUGCGGAUUUGCCGAGGGCCCACAACCAGCUGUUCCCUGGAAAUAUCGUACAGGUUGGACAUUCGUCCCACCGCUGUCGGAUGCUGAAACGCGCAGUCAGCCUGUGGAUGCUUGAUAUUCAUUAUGAAACGCAAUGCUGCACUUGGUACCGAGCAUUAGGCGCUGCGUUUCUCACAUCAAAUGAUUCACAAGAAAUCAAUUUAGCUAAAGAAUUCUUCCGUGGUGCGUACGGUUCGCGGUGGUCCAGCAUCUUUCUCCUCAGCCUCCUGCCUCCUGUCUUCUCUUGGAUUGUGGAUAACAAGCAGCCUUCAAGACGGAGGGGGUGGUGGAGCAUCGAGGAAAAAAUAGGGGCAAUAUGAGAGAGCGGGACUUCAUGCCCAAUAUGGAGAGGGGCAAACCUGCUACUUACACGGGGGACAAAAAGGCUAAGAUGGCUGCUAAGACGAACAAGAAGUGGGUGAGACUAGCCACUGUUUUUGCAUAUGUAUUGUCCGUUUCUUUAGCAGCCAUUAUCCUGGCAAUUUACUACAGCCUGAUCUGGAAACCGACCAGUUCAUCCUCUUCUGCGGGGAAGCCGGGAGUGCCCGAGGGGGUCACCACCACCUCACCUAACAUAUCCUCAAGCAGCAAUGUUUCAGAGUUGAACUCUACGCAGACAGGGCUGAUAUCUGUGAACCAGAGCAGGUUUGGCAUGGACACCCCUUACAAUCAACCGUAUCAAUUGAAUGACAGAGACGAGAGAGUGGCCGGGUCUCCGCGCGGUGCCGGAGCUGAAAUUGCGCACACGCAACAGCAGCAGCAUGAGGAAGGACUGUACUCGUCUUCCCACGGUCACACAAGCGCGGAGAGAACGGGCAGACAAACACAAGGGUUGGAACCCGGAGUGAGCCGCUUUACCCAGUCCACGAACAAGGAGUCUGGAGUGGAGGAGGAGGAGGAGAAGAAGGAGAGGGGUGCGCACAGACGGAGCGACGGGGAGAAGGACCAACACGACCCAGAUGCUGCUAGUGGUCAUCCGUCCUCCGCACCGGGCAUGAGAGGAGACUAAUCGGCCCUCAUGCACACCAAACACACACGCACACACAAACUGCCCCAACAAGGAGUGUUUUGGAGACUCAAUGCCGCAGGUCGGAUAACACGCAGGUCUUCUUCUUUGAACUGAUUUGCAGAGCUUCUUAUGGAUGCUGAACUGCGCAUUUGAACGAAAAUCUGACUAAAAAGAGGAAACCUCGCUUCUUCACUGUCCCCCCUUCAAUACUAACUAUGCGUUUUUUUUUGGUUUGGGCCAUCUGUAUGCCUUAAAAUAAGUGUGUGUCUACUCUAUACCUCGGACAGCUUCUGAGACCAAUAACCUGCCUGUACCUGUGGACGAAACUGGCAUAGAUAUUUUGUUAAAUUUUAGGACACAGGCUCCAGAGAUGUUUUUGUUCUUGCAGGAUUUAAAAAUGUCUCACAGGCACUCAGCGCUUAACAUCACUGCCAUUCAUCAGCUGGUCUAAAUCAGUUCUGCAUAAUUGCAUUUUUAACAUAUAGGCUGUGUUUUUCUGUCAUGGAUCAAACCUGGAUUCCGAGUAGAAGAACCUGCAUUAUUGAUUUAUGCUCAGGUAUGUGCAUAUAACCAUGUAAAUGUACUGUGAUUUGGUUAUAUAGGGUAGGCAUACAUCUUUUUGGCCUAUAGAUGAAAUCCUCGUAUAAUUAGAUGAUUUUUAUUAAAGGUGCAUUAUGUAUAAUAUAGGUAUAACUAUAUAACAAGGUACAAAUAAACAUCCUUAGAAAAUGA